CAUAAAAUUCAAACUCGUUGAAAAACUAUUUACCAGUGAACUUCCAAGAAAAAAAUUCAAAAAAGAAAAAAAAUCGUGACCAAGGAAAAACUUUCAUAACCUCAACAUAACUAUACAUCUGCUAUAUUAUCUCUUCCAUCCUAUAUAAUCGAUCCACGUUGUUAUUCUCAAAGGAUCUACUUCUCGACAAUAAGUUAUCUCUUAAAAAGAAAAAUAAAAUUCAAAAGAUUAUCUACCUAGUGAAGAUCCAGUGGAAAAAUUCGAAAACAAAAUAAGAAGAAAUAAUCGUACAACGAGGGAAUCUCCUCCUUUAACGUGGAUCUACUUUUUUCAUUAAAAUUAUCUCUUUCACCCUAUUGACCGAUCCACGUCACGAUUUUAGACGAUUCAUCUGCUGAGAGUGGGCGUUCUGGCGCCAGAGGGUUGCUAAUCGAUUCCAGCCUCCUCUCAAAGAUGUUUCUAACGUUUCGAGUUUUUACGUGGUAAUCGUGGAGGGUCCGUGGUCGAUCGAAAAGGGGACGGCAGCCAAGGGGGACUUUUCCCACUGGCUCUCAACACUGUAGCGGAAAAUCGAUCCGGCGUGACAGCCACCCUAUUGCAACCACCCACCACGGUGCAAUGACCUCGAAACCAGGAAGGUCCUACAGCGUGAGAUCCCCUCGAGUCGGAGGGCCCCUCUCGCAGUCGUUAGCGAUGAUUCCGCCAACGAUGCACGGCCAUGAAUUCAAUCAACCCCUGUCGAGGGUGGUUAUGGUCCGUAAAACGGAUCAAAGGACUUUCAGUAAGGGGAGGAGGGGUGGGGAGCCUCUGCUGGAAACGGUUACCAGGGAGACCGUCGAGCUUUUCAACGGGGGCCGCGCCGAGAGGAAAUACACGUCCGAGACGAGAGACAUCGUCACGCCCAAGUCGAACAGUAUGCCCUCGCUCAACCUUAACGGAACGAAAAAGAAGGUGGUCGGCUUUGUCGACCAGCUGUCGCCUGAAAGGUCGAGGACAGAUUCGGUGAGAUCCAAGUCCCCUUUGACAGCAUCGCCGGCAUCUCCAGGGCCGUUAUCGAAUUCCUUGCACGGCAGUUUUCACGGAAGUUUAGGAAGCGAUGGCAUGUCUUGCAGCAGUGCCAGAUCAUCCUCGGCGUCUCCUGAUUCUGCAAGAUACACGUCCACACCGAUAACAAAAACUGACACACGUAAACCAUCUGUGCGCAGAUUGGGUCCUCCUAAGGAAUUUAUCAACAUUUGUCUUGAAACGCACAAUUUUUAUCGCGCGAGGCAUGGAGUGCCACCUCUUCGUCUCAACAAGCAGUUAUGUAAAACGAGUCAGGACUGGGCCAAUAUAUUGGCAACUAGAGGUAGAUUAGAACAUAGGGCAAACACAGAUUAUGGUGAAAAUCUAUAUUGUAUGUGGAGUUCCAAUCCGAAGACUAUUGUACACGGUGACGAGCCUGUAAACGAAUGGUAUGCCGAAGAAGGGCAACAUCAGUACGGAAAAGAGCCAACCACUCUAAAAACUGGCCAUUUUACCCAAGUUGUGUGGAAAGAUAGUACCGAAUUGGGUGUUGGAAUGGCCAGAAAUCGAAAUGGUGAAGUAUACGUCGUCUGUAAUUAUAAUCCGGCUGGAAAUUUCCUGGGCAGUUUCACGGAGAACGUUUUACCUCUUGGUGUAAAACCUUUAAAAAAAACUUUGAUAGAAGCUUUGCCAUAUUACACAUUAGAUGAACAAGCAUGGCAACAGGAUGCUUUAAUGGUUCACAAUGAAUAUAGGAGGAAACAUCGUGUUUCAGAUUUGAGGUUAAGCGUAGAAUUAACAUCGGCUGCUAAGGCGUGGGCGAACACGUUACUGAACACGAACAAGUUGAUUCCCCAGACGUCGUCCCCGUACGGAGAGAAUAUCUACUCGAUGCAAUGCUCCGAUCCAAAGGUGAUCGUAACGCCGCGGGAAGUCGUUUCGAAGUGGUAUGCUGAGAAGAAGGAUCACAAAUAUGGCGUAGAGCCAAAGGUUUUAAAUACAUGCCAUUUUACACAGAUUGUUUGGAAAAAUACAACCGAGAUGGGUAUAGCAUUAGCUAAAAAGGAUGGAACCUGCGUAGUAGUUGCGUGUUACCAUCCGAGGGGUAACAUUGUUGGACAAUUCACGGAGAACGUGUUGAAGCCUAUAAAGCUGUAGUUAGUCCAAUAGACGGAUCUAUCUACAUUUGUCGAUAUUGUAUUUAAACGCUGUAUUUAUAAUCGUGCAUAGCGAGAAGACAAUAUACAUAAUAUAUGUAAAUAUAAGAACGCAGAUGUGCAUACACGUAGAAUAAAAAAAAACAUUCCACAUACUACAUGCAAUCAAGAUAUUUCGUCUAUUUUAUUAAUUGUCGAUAUCGCGAUUGCAUUGUGUUGCAACUCUUAGUAAUGAUAAUUAGAAGACGUGUAUGUAUCAUGAUAAUGUUUGAGAAUCGACUUUCUUUUUGAAAAUAUGAUUAAUUUUAUUCUUAUUUUGUAAGGGAAGAUAAAUUUUGACUUAAAGAUUUUUUUUUUAUUUAAAUGUAAAAUUUUUUUACUAAGUUAAAAAUCUUUCUACUACAGGGCAGAAACACUCAUUUGGUGCAAUGAUAGUUUCUUAUUUCCUGACGUAAAUGCUUUUACUAUUUUUAUUGCUUUUUCUUUUUUAUAUAAAUAAUUAAGUAUAGAUUUUUUUUGUUGAAACACCGAUAAAGUCAAAAAAUGGAUUAUUAAUGAGAUAAUGAUGCUAAUUUCUUACUAUAAUUUCUUACAAAUAAGUAUAGCGUUAAUAAAAAAAAAAAAAAAAUUAGUCAAUGACUGACCGUUCCUUCGCUAUUUACCUCAGAAUCAUGAAGUGAGAUACAAUUGUAAUUUUUCUGACAAUACAACUACGGGUAGAAUGUACUAUCGAAUCUAGAAUUCUUGUCAUUUAAAAAUACAUAUUCGUUAUAUAAUAUUUCCUUUCUAUUUUAAAUGAAAUAAAUUAUUCAAGAAA